AUGAGCUCAUCGAUAGGAGAAACGUUCAAGAGUUUGAAACUUACAGGCUCAAGUCCAUCAGAAGAUGAGCAAAUUUACAAGGUGUCAUAUGAAUUUUUAAAACAAAAGAAAUUCAAUGACGAGCAAGCUUUUAGGAACUGUCUCGUUUCGCUAAUCAAUUUGGAUAAAUACGAGCUUGCAGACCAAUUAAUCAAAAAAAUUCCUAGUUCACUUGUUGAACCAUUGAUUUUGGAGAUUGCAUAUGUAUAUUAUAAAAUUGGAAGAGCUCUGGAGAUUUAUAAGUUACAUGAGGAGUACUCGUUGAAAAUAUCGUCUUCACCUGCAGUUGCUAGAGGAUUUGCGCAUAUAUUAAUUCAAACCUAUUACAAAGCGGGCGAAUUUUCUAAAGCAUUGGAAUUGAACAGAAAGAUUGCUGGAGAUGUUUUUGCAAAUCCAGAGGAACACGGUGAUUUGGUCACGAAUGAGAGUGCAAUUGUAUCGCAAUUAAUUUUCCAAAGUGGUCAUGAGCAGCAUAUGGACGCAUCCACUAACACUGAGUUGGAUGAAACAAACUAUGACUUAUUAUUUAAUGAAGCAUUGAUUGAACUAGCGAAGGCAAACUUGUCCAAGUCGUUGACUUUACUCCAAAAGGCACAUCAGGUGUGCACACAAAACAACAUGGAUGAAGAAGAGGCAGAAGUUGAAUUGCUACCCAUAAAGCUCACUAUAUCUUAUGUCCAGCAAUUGAGCGGUAACACUGAAGAGGCGGAAAAGAUUCUUUUGCUGAUGAACACCGACCAGGUUCAUGACUCUUUACUCAAAUUGAUCGUUAAUACCAAUUUACACUCAUUUGAAAAGGAUGCGACAUCGAAACAGAGCAACCCAAACUUGAUUGAGAGGCAACUCAAUCUUCAAGAGCGUCUUCAGCAAUUGAAACAGAAACUCACUAUAUUCCAAUGCGAGACUAUUCUUCAGAAUAGUAUGUUGUUACGAUACGCCACAGGCACUUUAAACAAUUCACUGUUAUUGAAAAGCUCUUUUAUUCAACCUUAUAAUUUGGUAACCUUGGCUUACCAAGUUCUCAUUUCAAAUGGUAUUUCAUUUGAAAGUUUAUCAGACCAGACUCAACUCAAAAGUGUAGGCAAAAAGCUUGUCAGAUUCAUCAAACAAGAGGAAAAGAAGAAGCACAUCGGAAAAAAUACAAAUAGUGGCAACAUAAACGAUAACAAUAAUGAUAAAAAAGACAACAGCAUUAAUUAUAACAGUAGUGGAGUUGUUGAAGCAGCUACAAUUUUGUUAGUGUUUGUUAACUCUCAGCUCAAUAACUUUGAUCAGAGUUUACCGCUUUUGGAGAAAUUGGCCAACGAGUCAUUAAAUGAGAUGAUUGUAAAGCCAGGCAUCGUUGGUACCUUGAUUACAGUCUAUGAAAAACAACACAACCUUGCAAAGCUCAAAAAGCUUCUCAAGACAUUGGUUGAGAAAUUCUUGUACAGUCCCGAAGAUUCUUUUAAAAAUGUCAACUACUACAACUUUGCAAAGAUUGUGGCGAUGAAGAACUAUGCAUUCAGCGAAGAUUCUAGACAGUUGUUUGAAUUCUUGCACGCUGCAAACCCCCAGGAUAUGCUCAUCAACUCAAUUCUUUCAAAUUCUAAUGAGAGUUUGCAAUCUAUAGCAGAUUUGUCAUCGCAAAAGUCUGUAGACAGUUUACUUGCAGUGAACAUGGAGGCGCUAAUCCCCACAAAAAGUAAACCAAUCAAAUCAAUUACGAAAGCAGCAACAAAAGUUACAAAAAAGAAACAAAAGCCAAAGUUUGGCAAGAAUAAAGUUGUUAAGCCAGAAGGCGAGUUUACGCUUGACAAAGAGAGGUGGCUUCCAUUGAAAUUGAGAAGUUAUUACAAGCCGACUAAAAAAGACAAGAAAAAAGCUGGAGGUCACCAAGGUGCAGUGGAAUCAUUUUCACCAUCAGCUACACCUGCUCCUAGUUCAGCUUCUACAUCACAUGCAAAUGCAAAUGCAAAUCCAAAUGCAAAUGCAAAUGCACAAGGUGCGUCACAUGGCGGCAGUUCAAGCGCCAGCAAAAACAAAAAGAAGAAGAAAGGGAAAAAAUAG